AAUCAUCAAUCAAGCAUUUGAGCAUUUAAUCAACUAGAAAAACAGAAACAUCAUCGGAUUAUAUUGAUUAAGGUUUCGAUAAUGGAGAAGAGUGAAUCAACCAAGAUUGAUGUUGCAGAGUCGAGCAAAGAGAGGAAAGGGAAAGCUCCACUCUUGGGAGCUCUUAACGUUGCAUCCGACAAUAAGGCGGCGCCGGUGGCCGGUGGAGGAUACAAAAAGGGCCUUGCCAUCUUCGACCUCAUCCUUAGAAUAGUUAGUGUUGCCACCGCCAUCGCUGCCACUGUCACCAUGGCAACCGCCGAGGAAACUCUUCCGUUUUUCACUCAGUUCUUCCAGUUCGAAGCUAGCUAUGAUGAUCUUCCAACUUUCUCGUUCUUUGUGAUUAGCAUGGGGAUAGUGUCUGGAUACCUGGUUCUUUCAUUACCCUUCUCUAUAGUGUGCAUUGCACGGUCAUAUGCAGUCGGUCCAAGGAUGUUUCUAAUCAUAGCGGACACCGUGGCGAUUACGUUGGCAACGGCGGCGGCGGGGUCGUCGGCGGCGAUUGUUUACUUGGCUCACGUCGGGAAUACAGAUGCCAACUGGCUUGCAAUCUGUCAGCAGUUCGGGGAUUUCUGCGAGAGGGCGAGCAGCGCGGUGGUGGUGGGCUUCGUCACGGUGGUGAUCUUGAUUGUUAUGGUGCUUCUCUCUGCUUGUGCUCUUCGAAGACGCUGAUCUGAUAUGAUGAUUAAUCAAGAAAAUGAUUGAAUGCUCGCUUUUGCGGGUUCUAAUAUUAUAUAUAUUUCCUUUGGAUUUUAUCUUCUGAUUUGUGAUUUUAUAUAUAGUGGUGUUGUACGUUGGUGUACUUGUAUUGAUUGAUGGUGGAAAUUGUGUUACAUGUAUCAUAGUGCUUCUUAUCAACA